GAAAAGUACGUUCACAUUAUUUGCAUUCAGCAGGCAGACAUCACGAUCCAAAAUAUUCAAAUGUGAAAUUCAAACCUGUAUCAUUAGAAUCCUAAUACUUGGGUCUUUUUUGUUUCAGUACAUUAACUGAGGAGAGUAGCUGCGAAACAAAGUUUUAUUUUCAAUACAAACAUUACAAAUAACCGGAAAUUAUCAGAUGAGGAAUUAGUUAUGGAUCAAAACAGUCACGCAAAUGUAUUAUCACGCAGACUGUAAAAUACGAUAGGUGGUGCACUUUUUAGCUACCUUUGGGUGUCAGUGAUGUUAAAACACCCACAUCAGAGUUCAGAAGACAAACUACCGGGAAAAAGAGCGAGCCAUUCCGUUUACCUGUAACCUCGUUUUCAAUACACUAUGGCGGUUUCGCUAUACUCUUGCAGUACAGUAUUUGGCACUGACUUCUCAUAGGAUGUGUGCGAUCCAGCCCUGGGGGGUUUCCAUAGCAUUACACCGCACUUUAUGCCAGCGACACUUCCUGGUCGGGAUCAAUAGCUUUCCCGCAGGAUUACUUCCCCGCAAAGGUAUACUGGAGAUAGCACUGCAGCAUGUAAAUACUACGGGAAUAGAAACGCAUAAAAGGACAUGUGUGCCUUUGUAGAAUCUUCAGGGAAAAGUCACCACUCAGUACCUCAUUUGGACCACAUGCUAAUAAAUCGUCAUGAACACAGAUGCUGAGCAGGAUGCAGAUUUUAAGAUAGCUCAAGAAAGAGCUGAAAUUGUUGCAAAGUAUGAUAAAGGGACAGAUGGUGCAAGCAUCGACCCCUGGGAGGAUGCAGACUUCCAUCUGUAUAAAGUCACUGACCGAUUUGGCUUUCUUCACAAAGAAGAACUACCUCUGAAUGAUGAAACAGAAAAUAAGCAAAAGUUUAUCGAAAUUGAGAGGACAACGAAAUGGGUAAAGAUGGUGAAGAACUGGGAAAAAUAUGUGUUCACUGUUAAGCUCGGAAAAAGAAUUUACAAAGGCAUUCCCCACCAGCUACGUGGAGAAGUUUGGUCAUUAAUUCUGGAAAUUCCACAAACAAAGGCUGAUAAGGAAGGAUAUUAUGAUACAUUAAAACAACGAGCACGAAUGUUAUCAACAGAUAUCCGGCAGAUUGACCUUGAUGUAAACCGGACAUAUAGGGAUCAUAUCAUGUUUAGAGAGAGAUAUGGAGUCAAGCAGCAAGCCUUAUUUCAUGUUUUAGCUGCAUAUUCUAUAUACAACACGGAGGUUGGAUACUGCCAGGGAAUGAGUCACAUCACAGCAUUGCUACUUAUGUAUAUGAAUGAAGAAGAUGCCUUCUGGGCACUAGUCAAGUUAAUGUCGGGUCCAAAGCAUUCUAUGCAUGGAUUCUUUGUUCCUGGAUUCCCCAAACUGCUAAGGUUUCAGCAACAUCAUGACAAGAUACUAAAGAAAUUGAUGUCCAAACUUAAACAUCAUCUGGAGCGCCAAGAAGUACACACUAGCCUAUACACUAUGAAGUGGUUCUUCCAGUGUUUUCUUGAUCGGACUCCCUUUACACUGACUCUUAGGAUCUGGGAUAUCUACAUAUAUGAAGGGGAAAGAAUUCUUACUGCCAUGUCUUACACUAUUCUCAAGUUGCACAAAAAGCACUUAAUGAAAUUAGAAAUGGAAGAGUUAGUUGAAUUUCUGCAGGAGUCCUUAGCUGUGCAAUUUUACUUUGAUGAUGAUUUUGUGAUACAACAGCUACAGAUUUCUAUGUCAGAGCUCAAACGAGCCAAGUUGGAUUUGCCACCACCAGGCGGUAAUGAUGAAGUGCCCAAGAAGCCACUGGGUCAGAUACCACCAGAACCACGCUACAUUUAUGCAUCAUUGCUCAAUGGGCACAAAAAUGCAAGUAAAUCAACAGCUCAGAGUUUCAAAAGGAAAGACAGAAGGACUUCUCCAGAAAGGAGUCAGUCACCUGCUGACAGAAGGAGAAGGAAUUCUGUUGAAAGAGCUGUGUCUAACCAACGCAAAUCUGGACAGAGUGGUAAUAAGGAAGAAUCUUUUAAAGCAUCUCAAGAACGUGAAUCAAGAAGUCAGGUUGCUGUUCCUCUUCUGCCUUCUGUACCAGACAAGCCCAGGAAGCCUGAUGGUGUUUCUGCCAAUCAGAAUUUGAAUGCUGCUACAAAUGCCAAGAAGAAUAUUGUACCAGUAUGGCACCCACCUUCAGAUACAACCUUUACAGAAUCUGCAGCAAUGGCUGCUCUAGAACACAGACGAAGGAAAGUGAAUCAUGGCAUUUCUAGCUCUCCUGAUAGUCCUGAUGAUGUGAACAUAUCUUUUAAACCAGUAACUCGGGUUAUUGAUGUCGGUGAAGGCAAACGAGGAUCAAAUGCAUCUCAGUAUGACAAUGUUCCUGGUGUUGACAGUGAAUACGAAAAGUAUGGUGAGAUGUUAGACAGGUCUGCUUUGCAUAGUCCACGUGGUAACAAACUUUCUACCAGUUCUGGUAGCCCAGGUUUCAAAACACCCAGUCCAACAAGAAACAUUAAUAUGAACUUUCAGAGGUUACCUAGGCAUGCUUCACAGACUGAGAUAUCAGAUAAAGGAUCUUUGAAAAAGCCACCACCAUACUCUGCCACAUUUGUUCACCGUGGGAUGCCCCCACAGUACUCCCCUACAAAGGACAACCUUAGCCCAACUUCAGUAUCCUCUUAUCAGCAUGGUAAUCAGGCUAAUCCAGAGAGUUCAUUUCUAAUCCAGCUGCCACAUCCAAAUGCCUUUUCUUAUGCUGCUAACCACCAUAUCUCCAACACAUCACGCAUCAACCAGAUUAUAGUCCAGCCUGCUGCAUUCAGUACCCAGCAGGAAACAUUACACACAGAGAGUUACGUAAGGAAGCCUGCAGGAAGGGUCACUGGCAAACCAGUAUAUCCAUCCAUAGAUUAUACAUCAAGCAGCAGACAAUGGCAGGAUGGAACUUACAAUUAUAGGCCGGAGAAAUAUGGACUGCAGAGAUCCCAAGACUUGGACCAGCAUGAGCACCCUGGAAAUUUGCAGAGGUCUCCAAAGUUUCACAAGUCACAGCAUGCUGUCCAUGAUCAUACAUUUUCUGCUGUUUCUACAGAACAAGCUAUGAAACUUAGAACUCCUCAAAGAGGCCAGCAAAUGCAAACACAGUACUUAAUACAAAGACCUCAGUUGAUUCACAAUAGUAUAGGAAAUAUAGAGAUGGGUUAACACUGUACUAUACUGACCGAUUCUUAUGGUUUAACCCCUCAUUAAAUGUACAGAUAAACA